AUGGGUGAUGACGAUAGUCUUUUAUUCGUAGACAACAUAGUGGAUGUGUUAUCGAAAUACGACCACACCAAAAAACAUUACAUUGGAACGUUUUCGGAGACGAUAAAAUCAAAUGUUCGCUUCUCUUUUGACAUGGCAUACGGAGGAGCAGGAUAUGCUCUAAGUUAUCCUCUGGUGGAAGCUUUGGUGGCAAAACUAGAUGAAUGUAUUGAAAGGUAUCAUUUUAUUUGGGCAGGUGACCAAUUACAAAGCUUUUGUUUAGCUGAUAUGGGCGUCGAUGUUAUACACGAGAAAGGAUUUCAUCAGAUUGAUCUACUCGGUGACUUGUCCGGUUUACUCUCGUCCCACCCAACGCCUCCUCUUCUCAGCCUCCACCACUUUGAGAGCGUUGCACCAAUUUUCCCAAACAUGAGCCGUCCUGGUUCAGUCCUUCACAUCAUGAAAGCGGCAAACGUGGACCAAUCACGGAUGCUACAACAGUCUAUUUGCCACGUUAGAGCUAGUAACUGGACCUUCUCGGUCUCGUGGGGAUACUCAGCUCAUAUCUACGAGAACAUAUUCCCACGAAGCUACUUGAAGCGUCCUAUUGAAACAUUCCGUCCCUGGCUCCGAGGACGGCCUCCGUUUUACAUGUUUAACACGAGACCGGUUUCUAGAGAUCCAUGUGAAGCUCCUCACUGGUUCUUCUUCGAUUCGGUUGAAGAAGAGAAGGAAAGAGUUGUUACUUCCUACACAAGGAAGUUUCCUAGAAACAUGACUUCUUGUUCUUUCUCUGGUAAUAUAUCUGCUGAUCCUCUCGCUUUGAUCAGAGUCUUCUCUCCCAAAACUCCCAAAGAGGUUCGCUCAUAUUAUGAGAAUAUGCAUUUUUACAAAUUAUGGCAAUUAAUACAGUUUGAUUGUUGUGUUUCUAGGAGAGAAAAGUGGAAUGUUGCGACGUGGAAUAUGAUGGUGCAGAUGUUGCAACCAUGAGGCUUAGAGAUUGUAGAUAAAUCAAAGACGUUUCAAACCCCAAAUGCAUAAUGUUUUUUUUUUACAUGCUUUGUGAAAAUAGCAUAGGUUUUGCAUGGAAUCGUCGAAACAAUUGCGAGUGAAGACACAUGUAGUUUCGUAUAACAUUAAGUCAGAAAGCAGAUCACGUUCUUUCUUCUGCUUCUAACUCAUCAAUGAGAUUUCUGUAUCCCUAUGAGACGCGCAUAAUCCACCCAU